UUAUUAAGUGCAGCAGAGACAGUGGCUUGUCUCACAGUGCGGGGAGCACAGGCACAUAAGUGAGCUCUUGCACUUCAGCUCUGAUGAUCAUCUAUCCCCUACCAUAUAACAAUACAGAGUUGAGUAGAUAUUAGCAAAGCAACUGGUCUAACUAGAAUGCAAAUGAAAAACUACACAAAGUGGAGCGGAAUAUCAGAACAAGGAUUACAACAUUGUAUCUAAUUUAGCAAGAAAGAAUUGGCACGUUUUUAAUUAGAAAGAGACGUGGAAUCACAUGAGCCUAAAGGGGAAUUCUACUGAUGUCUUAUAGGAGAAGACUUGGAAGUUUAUGGACCCAGAACAUCAUUAUCCUGUACCAUUAUCCUGUACACUUUGCUACCACCUGCUCAACAUCUAAGAUAUGUGGACAUUAUUUGACCAUUGCAUCACCUUAAAUACACCUGUGAAAAAAAACAGUAAUAACAGAAAAGGACCAUUGGGAAAACAAAACACCCAUCAGUAACACAUCAAGUGGCCUUUACGCACCAAGCAUGGGGUUAUAAAAUGUAGGCCAGAAGAAAUUUAAAAAAGAAAUCUUCGCUCAUUAAGUUCAGGAUGGAGAACUUUCGCCGGGUCCAAGUAGUUGAUGAAGAUGAUGGACAGCCUCUGCCUUUUAAGAAUCUUCACCCAGAUGUAGUGAAAAUGAGAGUGAAAGAAGGCAGCAAAAUCCGUAACCUCGUUGGGUACGCAGUUACCCACAUGUUGUCAGAGGAAAAUGGGCAGAUUGUUUUCAGUGCUUAUGGACGAGGAGUAACCAAAGCUGUCACCUGUGUAGAAAUACUGAAGCGAAAAAUAGGUGGUCUUCACCAGGUCACCAAAGUGCAAUAUAAGAUAGUGCAGGAGGUGUGGGAGCAGAAGGGGCCAAAAGUUCAGCAUCCAGCUCCACGACUCAAUGUACAAAAAAAUUACCCAUCAAUCAAUAUCCUCCUUUCCAAGGAACCCCUUGACCCACAAGAAGAAGGAUACCAACCCCCACAGUCCAUGGCCCUUAAAGAGACUGGAAAAAGGUUUCCUUUGUCUCAUUCUGAACAUUGUGCCCCAAAGAAGAAGACAGAAGAAUCUGAGGGAUGUUACUAAAGUUGUAAAUGCCUAUGGCACCAGUUAUACCUCAGGAACAACAGUCACCUACUAACAUACUUAAGACAAGGAAUAUUUCCAAUAUGUCCUUUUUAAAGAAACUCUUAUAGUUACUUUCAUCUUCAUUUAGAUAAUGCUACAGUGUUGGAAACAGACCUUCAAAUCUGCUAGAUCUUAUCACUGAGAAACAGAUCUGUUGGGGCAUAUUUACUAUAGUGUGUAUGCCAACAUGACCGGUGAUGUUGCUCAUAGCAACCAAUCAGCAAUUGGAUUUGAACAGCCACCUACAGGUUAGAAGACAAAAGCAAAAGCAGCUUAUGGCAGCAUAAAAGGUGAAUCAGUCACAAAAUGAGUUUGUUCUAUUUUAAAGCUGUUUGUGGAAUGUAGUACAGGUGUGAAAUCUAUUAUCUAUAGUAUCUAUUAUUUUUGAUCAAUAAUGCUCCAAAAUAUAGGAAUGCCUUUUCCCAUAGACUCCAUUUUAAGUUGUCCUACACUGAGAUUUGUGAUUUGCACAUCAGCAGUAAACGAGGUACAUACAACAUGAAUUCUCCCUACAGCACAAUUAAAAUGAGUGUGGUGGACGGAGACUACCAGAGUAGUGCAUUAGGGAGUACAAAAGGCAAAAAAACUGUAGCAGCCACAAUGGAACAAAAUUUUCCCUUGUAUGUCAGUGAGCAAUUCUGAGCAUGAGGAGAGAUAUCUGACAUGUGCUAUACAUAGCCAAAGUUUAUAUAAAAUCAAAAACUAGACAUAAACUUUUGAGGUCAAAAAGUGUUUUGAAGCCCCUGAUCCUUACAUUUGUGAAGAAAUUAAAUGCAUGAGCUCACUAAAAGCCUGUGGCCAGCAGUCCUUCGGUACUUGAGUUGUGGCACCCAGCUCCUGUGACAUAGCUGCUGUCAGUUUUAUUGAUGACAGUGCCAGUAAAGCCCAGUUUCACUGAUUCCCUCUGCUUCACUUGCCCUAAAGCUAACCAAAACAUUUUCUAAUAAUGCUUUUCAUUUUGGACUUGUCAAAGGCACUUAAAGCUACUAGGCUAAAGGCUUGAUUAUAUUAGCUGUGAUAAUUACUCUGUGUCACUGUGUUUCAUGUUGAUGGAAUAAAGCUAUGCUCAUAAAUGGGUUAAUAUUU